AUGUCUCGGACUCCCGAUGACGUCACCAAGCUCACCGAAACUACGUACAAGAAUGUGUUGGAGCAGUUUAACCCGGGCUUGAAGAACCUGGUCAACCUCGGGAAAAGCUACCAGAAAUCUGUUACAGCGAUGACCCUCGCUGGAAAAGUCUACUUUGAUGCCGUCUCAAAGAUGGGAGAGAAUGCUAUCGCGUCACCGGCCUCCAGGGAAAUUGGUGUGGUUCUGAUGGAGAUCGCAGAAGCCAAUAGAAAAGUCCAUUUUGAACUUGAAGAGAACUUCCAGAGGUUCCACAGAGAGAUUAUUACCGAACUGGAGAAGAAAACAGAGAUGGAUGUCAAAUACAUGAAUGCCACCUUCAAGCGCUAUCAGUCAGAGCACAAGCUGAAGCAAGACUCUGUGGCUCGUUCGCAGACAGACCUGAAAAAGCUGACGAGGAAAGGCAUAGGCAAGCAAUCCUCCAAGUAUGAGAUCAGAACGAAGGAGUGUUAUCGCACGUUGUCAGCACGCCAGACGGACAUGCAGAAUUUCAUUGCUGAGGGCUGCAGGGAGGCUCUGCUGGAGGAGAAGAGACGCUUUUGUUUUCUGGCGGACAAACACUGCAUGUUCUCCUAUCACAUGAGCAACUUCCAUGAGAAGGCUAAGGAGUUAAUGACAGUGAAGCUCCCCACCUGGCAGGAAAAGUGCAGCGACAUCUCCAAUGUGCCAGACACAAUAAUGACCAUGAUAGAGGAGGAGCUCACCGCGCCUGAACCAUCACCUGAAAUCCCACGAUACAACAGAAACACUGCAAAUUCUCUGGUUCCGCCUCCAGCACCUCCUCUAAAGGCCCAGAUCAGUCCGCUAGCCAACAUGUUCAACCCAGAGCCCACGUCCCCGGUCACCUCCUCCUCAGACCAGAAUUCAGACCAGGGCAGUAUUGGGGACCUCAGUCUGUCCAGAUGCACAUCUCAGUCAUCUGGUCUCAACAUGAGCAGAAAGCCUCGGGUUCAGACCAUCUUUCCCCACACAGCGGGCAACAAUGAGACACUCCUUAGCUUUGACGACGGUGACUUCAUCACCGUGCUGGUCCAUGAGCAGAAGGACGGUUGGCUGUACGGGGAGCUGGAGAAGACCCAGCAGCGGGGUUGGUUUCCUUCAUCUUACUGCAGAACUUAUAUCGACCCAGCGACAUCAAAUAGCAACCGGAGCACGCCGGUGCAUAGUCUGAGUGUGGCCAGUCUGCAAGAGCAACACGAAGAGGAGGAGCCAGUGUUGCUGCCACCGGCCGACUACAGCGACAACCCAUCCAGCCCGGCGGUCCAAACAGUACCCUCGCCACAGAACACAGUUGCUUUAGUCAACGGCCCUGCAAAGCCUCCUUUUCUCGGAGGUGGGAAUCCGUUUGCCACCGUCAAGCUGAAGCCCACAGUGACCAAUGACAGAUCAGCGCCGGCCAUCUGAUGUAAAGCGGGAGGAUUUUUUGCUGCCGUCAUGCCUUUAGGGGAAUCGUACAACAUGGGGCGCCUGUGCUGCACUGAAUAAUCAACCCGACCUGACAUCUCACCAGCCUGCAUGCUUGUCUUUCACAGUGUUGGCAAAGUGGGCUUAUUGUGCCACUAUAUGUUAUACAUGUCAAACGUACCAUAAACAUGCUCACCAUGAAUAUUCUAAAAGGCAAACAUCUGAUUUUGUGUUAUAGUUUACUCAAAAAUGAAAAGUCAGGCAUUGAUCAGUCAUGUCUUGCCCAGCUCCUACAGCAGCUUUGUAGCGGACUCUCAAAAUAUCAUAUAUGGAAAAGGGGCUGCUUAUAUGGCGGCAUGUUCUCAUUCUGAGAAUAUGGAUGUCUGGCAGCCUGUAUUUUUUGGAUGGUCUGUGGUGUUUGGGGAUCUGUGGUCCCGCUGCAUUUUGCCUUGCCAAUGAUAUAGGUAGAUCUUGUUCGCUGUUAGUGCAGUGAUUUAAUACAAUGCGCGUAUAUUCACAUAUUUUGUUAGCAGAAUAGUUUUGAGCCAAAUAUUUAAGGUGGGGAAUUUUGAAAGGAAUAUCUGCCUUUGCAGAUUUUGGAAGUGUUUGAUAGUGAAGACCCACAUUUCGGUGUGAAAGGUGGGAGAACAGCAUCAAAAAUCUAUGUUUAGAAUAUAAGAAACUGAUUUUUUUUUUUUAAUUGUGAAAGGAACCAUUGAGUCCAGAGGGUGCAACGCAAAGCUGCAAAAAAAAAAAAGAAAAAGGGAGGAGCACAAAAUUAGGCAGGGGAGGGGGGGUGUAUGUGCAUGAAAAUUCUCUAGGUAUAUCUUAUAUAUAUAUGACCAUCUGUUUGACCUUGUAGUUACAAAAUAUAAAAUGUUUUUGGAAUAUCUGAGCAAUAGUUUAUGUUUGUUAUGCAUUACUAAAUAGAGAUGAUCUCAUUAACAUCAAAGUCUGACUGCAACAUUGGGGCUACUUCAUCGAAGGACCUUACAUUCUAUAUGUCAACAGGUUCUACGCUAUUAAUGGUGAAUGCAGUAACAAGGCCAGAAACAUUUUUUUCUGGGAUAAACAUGUCCUUAUUAAUACUGUAUUGUUCCAAAUAUAAUUUGUUUUUCCUUGGAAAUACAUUUGAAAAAAAAAUGGAAUAAUCUUAUAUUCACGGUCGAGAAUUUUACAUGUCAUAUAUUUGAUGCAUUAGGUGGUGUUAAAUACCUGUGAAAUCAGUGUGCUUCCCAGGAUUAAAGCCACCUGCCCCUACCACUAGCUUACAGUGUUGUAUGACAGAGACACAGUGAUCAUUCUGAAAAGAAUAUACCUCAAAAGUAGGGUAUAAGUUAACAAGCAACUGAGGAAAAGUUAUGAGGCAAACUUUAAACUCAUGUUGCUAAAUGCAGCAGAGUCAUCAAAUAACUCUCAAGCAGCCAAGAAAUGUAGACUAACACACUAUAAUGUUGGAAGAUGUCAAGCCCAAAAAUACUGUAAAAAUGUUAACAGCCAGAAAAAGUUUAUCAUGGUCCUAAAAGUGGUAUAGGGAGUCAAUACUCGACUGAAAAAAGAAAUGAAGGCUGCCCAUAAAAUAUGCUUUUAUAAGGAUUAUUUUCAAAGAGAAGCAUUUGUUUUGUUUAUUUUUUUAAAGGGUCGUCAGAAAAACUCUUUCCAAAAAAUGCAUUUGGGGGGGCUGUCGUUUGAUCUGGUUAUCUUAUAUUCUGAACAAUACAUAGUCCCUGUGGCUUGUUUACAGUCAACACUGUGAGAGUUGUCUAGAUUGAUGGUGAUGCUGAAACACACAAAGUAAACAAAUGAGAAAUACGUACAGGUAAAUAGCAGACGAGCAUCCAGGCUGUCUUCCAGACUCACCAAAAAAAAAAAAAAAAUGAUUCUGUUUGUCUUUAGAGCAAAAAAUAGCACAAUUUCUAAAAAGAGCUCUCGUGACACAGAGUGUGAUAUGUCAGGAAAAGGGUGAUAUAAGUGAAACUGAGCAGUCUAUUUAUAUACAGGAAGGUUAUACACAGUAAAUCUGAGAUAUUUUAGAUAAAAUUGGCAGAAGUCUAUUUUGUAAAGAUACCACUCUGAAAUGGACACUGUGCUCGGUCUGAAUGAUGGAGAACUUAAAACAGGAAAUGACCAUGAAAUUGACCUGAUGAUGAAGGAAAUAUUUUUAUUUUUCACAGUUAAAAUGUCGGUCUUCUCUGUAAUUCCACUGGCUUUUGAUCUAAGCUGUAGAUUCUGAAGACAAUACACAGUUUUCACUAAUUGAAACUAUCUUGGACUUUGCAUUAUAUGCAAAUUAGGAGGGUUGUUAUUUGAAAUAUUUAAUAUUUUGUGAAGAAAAAAAGUUUUUACUAUACAUUUGCUUUACAGAAUGUGAUCACCACCUGGAAUACAAAUGAAACAUUUUAUUCAUCUUUAUGGACCUGCUGUUGUAAGUUAAGUGAUCAUAUUGAUGUUCCCACUGGCUUUCUUCCAUGUGCCUCUUGCCACUGUGUUGACCAGUGUAGAUUUCUUUGUGUCAGUAAAACAAGAUAAAGUC